ACUGGUGAAUCUGCUGAACGAGUGAACGGAUCAACGCUGUUUCUCGCCGGCUCCCACCAGCUCUUGUCUAUAGCCAUUGUAAAAUUGAAAGUAAAGAGACGUUUAACUGACUUCGAGGAGUUGAGCAACAAUGUCUUUUUUUUUUUUUUGUAUGAAGACGAAGCUCACGAGCACAUCGCCAAGGCUGAAAAAUAUUUACAGACGAGCUUUAUGAAGUGGAAGCCUGAUUAUGACAGUGCUGCAUCAGAAUAUGCUAAAGCAGCGGUGGCCUUCAAAAAUGCCAAACAGCUGGAGCCGGCGAAAGAAGCGUAUUUACUGGAGGCAGAGGCUCACACCAGCAACGGAUCUCUUUUUCAUGCUGCCAAGGCCUUCGAGCAGGCAGGGAUGAUGCUGAAGGACAUGCAGAGGUUGCCUGAAGCUGUGCAGUACAUAGAGAAGGCCAGCAUGAUGUACGUGGAGAACGGCACUCCAGACACCGCCGCCAUGGCCCUCGACCGAGCCGGAAAGUUGAUUGAAGCUCUGGAUUUGGCGAAAGCCGUUCAUCUGUACCAGCAGGCAGCAGGGGUGUUCGAGAACGAGGAGCGACUGCGACAAGCAGUGGAGCUCGUCGGCAAAGCUUCCAGACUUCUUGUUAGACAACAGAAGUUUGAUGAAGCUGCCGUGUCCCUUCAGAAGGAGAAGAACAUGUAUAAAGAAAUCGAGAAUUAUCCGACGUGUUUUAAGAAAACGAUCGCACAAGUGCUGGUGCAUCUGCACAGAAGAGACUAUGUGGCGGCAGAGAAGUGCGUGCGGGAGAGCUACAGUAUCCCAGGAUUCAGCGGGAGCGAGGACUGCGUGGCCAUGGAGCAGCUUCUGCAGGGCUACGAUGAUCAGGAUGAAGAGCAGGUGUCUCACGUCUGCACUUCACCGCUACUCAAAUACAUGGACAACGACUAUGCAAAGCUUGCCCUCAGCCUGACAGUGCCUGGAGGAGGGAAGAAGAAAGCCGCCGCUUCUGCUGCUGCCAGCGGAGAUUCAGGAGCCGCGCCGCCGGAGGAAGAGGAGGAUGAGUAUGCUGGAGGCCUCUGUUAAACCUCUACCAAACAUAUUCUACAUCUGCUGCUUCAGACUCCUCCAUGAAGGUGCAUGCAUGCUCCCUAAACAUUAGAUUCCUGUACUGGAGGGGUUUGUGUUUCAAGAAGCUUUCAGAGAAACCUCAUCUGGAGAAGAAAAGCUUCUCUACGACACCCAUGCUAGGCCUCGCAUGUAAGCAGCACGUUUAUGCAACGUCAUCCUCUCUUAAGUAUGCAUAUUUAUUUAGGUUUGCCUUCCAAAACUCAUGUUAAAAUGUACAUUUGUUUUCUCAGGUGUUUUCAGGCAAACCCAUAUGGAAGCUUGUUUCUGCCAUGUGAUAAACUAAAUAAAUAAAGACAAUUAAGGUAGACUUUUUAUCUCACAAUUCAGCACUUUCUUCUAUAUAAACGAAGAAUUGCAAGACAGAAAUGCAGAAUUGAGACGUAAUUUCAAAAUUGUGAGAUAUAAAUGCAGAAUUGCGAUAGACUUGCAAUGCUGAGAAGAAAAGUCUGAAUUGUGCAAUAGUCGCAAUUGCCUUUGAACAUACAAAACAAAAACAAACAAAACAAAAACAACAGAGAAUAGCAGAAUUGCAAGAUGUAGAAUUCUGAAGGGAUAAAAAGUCAGAAUUGUGAUUUAAACUCAGAAUUCCAUGAAAAACAGACUUCAAGUAAAAACUAAAAGAGAUUAGAAUUGCGAGGAAAAAAAAAAGUCAAAAUUGUGAGAUUAAAAAAAAGUUGCAAUUACCUUAAUUUUUUUUUAUUGCAUGGUGGAAACAAGCUUCAAAAACCAAGGUUCAAUGGGACCUUCUGUGGGUGAAUCAGGAGCUCAGUCUUUAUAUGUGCAGUAUUUCAAACAUUUUGAGUAGUGCUGGAAUACUACACAAGUCAUCGUUUUAAAUUAUACUAUAUUAUACUACAUAUAUUCCAUAUGUUGGAAAUUAAAUAACAGUGCCUGCCUUACCAAAAGAGGGAAUGUAUUUACUGUACACUGUGUUUGUAGCUUUAAUAUUGUUUAAACUUAUGCCACUCAACUUAGUCUUGUCAUAUGGAACAUCAGCAUGAAAUGCAUGAAAUGCCUUAAGAUUAUCUGAACAUGAGAAACUCAAUCUUAGUUUAUUUUUUGUUUUAAUGGAAAAAGGUGUGCUUU